GCGGAAGAAGCCCGCCAUUACAGCAGAGCGAUCUCACAACGUGAGCGUGUCGUUGACGUACCGCGCUGAUAAAAAGGUGCAAUUUUUUAAAAUAAUACCUACCGCUGGUAUUUUCUCGGAAGAAUGGCGUACAGGGGACAAGGACAGAAGAUCCAGAAGGUUAUGGUGCAGCCCAUUAACCUAAUUUUCAGGUAUCUGCAAAACCGCUCACGGAUCCAGGUGUGGUUGUAUGAACAGGUGAACAUGCGGAUAGAGGGAUGCAUUAUUGGCUUUGAUGAGUACAUGAACCUGGUUCUAGAUGAUGCUGAAGAGGUCCACAUGAAGACUAAGAACAGGAAGCCGCUGGGCAGGAUCAUGUUGAAAGGAGACAACAUUACCUUGCUGCAGAGUGUGUCCACCUAGGACAUCUAACAUUUCUUUCAGAGAAAACUGUUUUUGCAAAUUGAUGUUGAGUAUGUUUGUUAAUACAACAUGAAUAUUGUAGUUGUUUCUUUCUAACAUUGUUUUGACAAUAAAUCUUUCUUUCUUACACCUU